AUGUUUACUUUCGGAACAAUUUCUACGGAGCCCGCUGUGCUUGUUGGGGAUUCCAUUUACUGGAUUCUUGCCAAUUGUUCAUCAGGCAUCCUUGAGUUUAAUUUUGAGAUGCAGAGACUAGCUGCUAUACGGGUGCCACAUCUGUAUAGAGAUCACUUCAAGCUUAUAAAGGCGGAUAGUGGUGGGCUGGGUCUGCUCCACAUAUCAGACUUCACCAUGCAAGUGUGCAAUUACGAUGGUGUUGCUUCAUGGAGGCUGGGAAGAACUAUUGAACUGGACAAAUUACUUCCCCUGAAUCCAUACAAGGACAACAUAAUGUUAGGAGCGUUUGCCGAGGAAAAUAAUAUGGUGUUCCUGUGGACAUUGAACGGGCUCUAUGCGAUCCAUCUUCAGUCAUUGGAGGUGAAAAAGCUACCCGAAACCACCAACAUAUCUCACUACUAUCCCUUUGAAAGCGUCAAUACGACAGGGAGAGUCCUGCUAUGA